AUGUCCACGAUGCGGUGCCGUCGCACUUACACAAUAGCUAAUCAUAUUCGCUCUCCUGUUUCCUCACAAAGCUCAAGUCGACCGUCAUUGCAGGCUUUGCAGCAGCAGCAACAACCAAAGCGUCAACUGUCACAGCAAAGAUGGCGUUCUACACAUCGCGGAGGCACCAGAACAGCCCUAUUCUUCCCCGGCCAGGGCGUUCAGCGGGUUGGCAUGCUGAAUCCAUGGCUCGAGGCCUUCCCUUCGACUGCAUCGCAGCUACGAGACGAGAUCGACGAAUACAUGGGUUACAAGCUCUCCGACAUCAUUCAGAACGGGCCAUCAAAGCUUCUCACUGAGACACCCAAUGCGCAACCGGCCAUCAUGGCUACGUCCAUCUUCAUCCUGCGUAUCCUCGAACGCGAAUUCAACUUCAGGGUCACCGACCACUUCGAUGUGACACUGGGACACUCACUAGGUGAAUUUGCUGCUGUCGUCGCGGGCGGCUAUAUCUCCUUCCAGGACAGUUUACACCUCGUUCGUAAACGGGCAGAGGCCAUGUCGGACGCCACGAAACAUGCAAUUGAAAAGUAUGGUGGCGAGUAUGGCAUGGUGGCAGUUAUAUCCCACCCAGAACACAUGGACAGCUUGAUUCAGGCCAUUCGAGAGUUUGUCGGCAUCUCAGCUGAAGACCAGGCCGACCUGCCACCGAUUGAACAAGUUUUGAUAGCCAACAUAAACAGCAAGAAUCAGAUUGUACUGAGUGGAAAUAUUGAGCGUAUAAAGACGCUUAUCGCCCACGUCCGUCAAUUCCUUGGCUACGAUCCGCGCGCCGUCCGUCUCAAAGCCGACAGUCCCUUCCACAGUCCCAUCAUGCAGCCGGCAGUCACCGUAAUGCGCCAGCUCCUAGAAGAACCCAGCAGGGUAGAGGGCCGCGAAAAGGAGGACGUUGUGACAUUCCCAGGCAAAUUGCCCAUCGUGAGCAACGUGUCUGCGCGGCCAGUCUGCUGUAAGAAGGAGCUCAAGGAUUUGCUGGCCCGCGGCUGUCUGGAUACAGUUCGCUGGUGGGACAGCAUCAAAUACCUAGAUCAAGAGGCGCGCAUACGACGAUGGGUCGGCGUCGGGCCUGGAAAGGUCGGCCGCAAUCUUGUCGGAAAAGAGGUUGGCAUGCGCGGUAAGGACCUUGUGAAGGGAGGGGGCGUAUGGGCUAUUACAGAUCCAUCUGAGGUUGAGGAGGUUCUGAGAGGGCUUGAAGAUACGGCGAAUCUCAUGGAAGAUGAUGAGUAUUCAGAGUAA